AAGUCCCGCCCUCCUAGCGCGGUGGACGGGGUCCCGUCGGGGUCACCCCGAGCCGGCUGGCGGGUUCGCCGCUUGAAGCGCGCUCUUAGGUGCCCGAGCGCUCGGAAAUGGCGGCCCCGUCCAUGAAGGAGAGGCAGGCUUGCUGGGGAGCCCGGGAUGAGUACUGGAGGUGUUUAGAUGAGAACGCGGAGGACGCGUCUCGGUGCGAGAAGUUAAGAAGCUCGUUCGAGUCCAGUUGUCCCCAGCAGUGGAUAAAAUAUUUUGAUAAAAGAAGAGACUACUUAAAGUUCAAAGAAAAAUUUGAAGCAGGACAAUUCCAGCCUUCAAAAACAACCGCAAAGUCCUAGGCUGUUCCUGAACUUUUCAGAAUGGUUGAAAUUAUUAUUUCUGACCUUGCAAAAAUGCUCCAUGGACUAUGGGACAGUAGUAGUUUGAAUCAUGGUGAACAACAGGACUGUUCCCACAUAUACAGCUCUUUAAAAUGAUCAACUAAUGGAUUCCAUCAUUCAUACUAUGAAGAAUUGAAAUGGUAUGAAAUAUGCUUAAUUUUAGCAAGAAAGGUAUAUUUCAAGAAAAAUUAAAGCCUAUUAUAAAAACCCAUGUCCUUUUUUUUUUUUUUUUUUUCCGGUUGGAGUAGUAGGUGAAUAUUACACAUCUAAAUACAGGCAUACCUUGGAGAUAUUGCAGAUUCAGUUUUAGAACACUACAAUAAAGCAAAUAUCACAAUAAAACAAGUCAGGUGAGUUUUUUAAAUUUCUCAGUGCAUAGAAAAGUUAUAUACUAUACUGAAAUCUUAAGUGCACAAUAGCUUUAGGUCUAAAAAAAAAUGCCCACACCUUAAAAAAAAUGCCAACCAUCAUCUGAGCUUUCAGCGAGCCAUACUUCUUUUGCUGGUAGAGUGUCUUGAUGUGGAUGGCUACUCAAGGUGGUGGUUGCCAAAGUUAAAAGUAAUGAAGAUGGACUCUUCCUUUCACAAGUGAUUUCUCUUAACACCUUAUGCUGUUUGACAGCCUUUUACCCACGGUAGAAUUUGUUUCGAAAUUGGAGUCCUCUCACAUCCUGCUACUGCUUAUCAACUAAGCUUAGGUAAUAUUCUGAAUCCUUUGCUGCCAUUUCAACCAUCUUCACACCGGGAGUAGGUUCCAUCUCAAGAAACCACUUUGCUCCUCCAUAAGGAAUAACUCAUCCCUUCAAAUUUGAUCGUGAGAUUUGCAGCAACUCAAUCCCAUCUUCAGACUCCAGUUCUCUUACUGCUUCCACCACAGCUGCAGUGACUUCCUCCCCUGAAGCUCUGAACCACUCAGAGUCAUCCAUCGGGGGUUAGAAUUCACUUCUUCCAAACUCCAGUUAAUGCUGAUUAUUUUCACCUCUUCCCAUGAGAGUCAUGGAUGUUCUUCAUGGCAUCUAGAAUGGUCCUGCAUCAGGCUCCCCAUGAGGAGCCUGCUUCUCCCUCUGCCUAUGUAUCUGUCUGUGUCUCAUGAAUAAAUAAAAACUUAAAACUGAGAA